GUCAGAAUCGCGUUUGGUUGCGCGCGACGUCGUCAAGCGUGCAAGUGAAUGGCGAGGUCGGCUAAAGUCGUCGGGAAGGCCAUUGCGCGCAACACGAGGUCGAAAGGAUCUGGCGGCGAUGCGGUAUUACCACUUUUAGAGCGGAAGAAGAAGAAAAAGAAGGGAUCGCAACUGUUUGUGACCAGUCCGUCAGUACGACCUGCCGCCACAACCACUUCUGUACCCAGUCUCGUUGCUUCUCCGAUCCAGCUUCAAACAACGAAGAAGAAGAAGAAACUAGUGUCUGUCGUGCAGGUGAAGCGACCGAUUGAGGACGUCGUCAUUCCAUCCAAAGCAGCCAUUUCCAAGCGACCUCGCGCAGAUGUGUCAGCAGAACAAACACCAAACCCAACGUCGUUCGACGACGCUGUUCGAUUCAUGCAAAAACACGUCAAAGCAAGCGACAGUAGCUCGGAGAGCGACAGCGAAAGGAAGCCGCGUUUGGCUGGAAGGCGGACGUUUCCACCGCAAGCACCUGGCUCCGACGAAGACUUGCCGCAACAGCAAUCCACAAAUCUAGAAACAAAGUCCGCCACAGCCAAACACAACACAGUCACGACACCGGGGGGAAUUCCUCCAAACCAUUCAAUACCCCUCGACAGGAGAAUGCCGCCCCGACCUGGCACCCGCGAUGCCUCUUCGAACACCGGCCAAGACGUCAAGCAUACAGCAAAACUUCCACGUGCGACCUACGCAGACGUGGAUGAGUUCAAGCUUGGAAGUGUCGUAGGGACCAGCAAGAAAUUGAAGAAGGCCAAGAGGGCCUUGACAACGUCCACGCCGCAUCUCCAUGUCAACGACACGGCUUUGGAACCACGAAGAGUACACCAAGAGAAGCGCAAGACUAAAGCAGUGCCAUUAACCCUCACGUCGUCCAAGCAACUCCCUGAGCACCUCUCUGGUGAAUCGGACGGCGCUGACGCGGCUACCAAAACCCGGAUGAAACCUGCCCCCGUCAAGGUGAAGGACGGGGAAAUCCGAUCAAAUCAAUCGUCGACCUCUUCCCAUCAUGACUCGCUGAAUGCACUCCUGUUGAAGAAAAUCCCACUCGGAUCGAUGGACGAUUCUAGCGAUUCGGACUCGCAACCAGCAACUCGGACGACUUUCAGUCUACCACAGGAUGCAGCAUCGGACGAUGAUGACGACGACGACGUUGUCAAAGCCAAGGUGGCGUCAUCCCAAGCUCUGACCAAUUCAAAGUCUGGCGUGUCAACUCGAAGCAAGCAAAUGAAUGCGUCGACGGUAAAAACGGACACAACCCACCAAAGAACCAGCACGAAGCCAGACGCGCGCACUGCACGACACCCUGCCAAGUUAAAAACUUCCGCCGCCUCCACGCAGUCGAAUCCAUCAGCCGCUCACACAAGAACCGCAGGUAGGGAGGACGACACCAGCGACUCGGAGCAAGAGGCUGUGUUCGAAGUUCACGAAAAGUCCCAAUCUGGAGGCCGUGCUUCGUCCGGUAGCAAAGCUACCACGAACUCUGUUGCCUCGAAAGUUUUCCCCAAGACGAAUUUGGCCCAAAAACGUGUUCGACAGCUUGAGUCAGAAUCCCCGUCAAUCGAAAAGAAGUCGUCACUCAAGGCGGCGACGAAGCCGACUGACGUUGCCGAGCUUCCCUCCAAGAAGCGCAAGAUGCCGAAAACCACCACGCCGGUCGGAGCGACUAUGUUAGAAGACGCGGUCAAAGUGAUGCAGAAACAAUUGAAUCAGUUGAACGAGUCUCCGCCGACCCCUCAAAUCGAUCCAAUGCCGACUUUGUCCAAGGCAGGGAAAAUGACCUUCAUGAACGGACUCAUCGACGCCGCGGCGGUCGAUCAGUGGAACCUGGUUGACAUGGGCCGUCUCGUGCGUCUCAUUUGCCACCAAUGGCGCUUCAAACGAAAAAAAACGGUGCGAUUCCUCGAGCAGAAUUGCCCCGAGUUUGUCUGCGCUGAAUUUCUCGACGGCCUGAACGUGCCAUUGAAAGUCGAUCAAAUCGUCAAGCUCCUGCGCCACGGGUCCUCCUCCUUGGCGGUACUGAGUACAAAACUCAGCGCAUGCAUUGAAUCCGACAUGGUGCGCCUCACGGAUGACACGUUCCUCGCGAGCAUUGCGGACAUUGUCGACUUUGCCACGAUGUCCCAAGACGAGAUCGCUGACUUUGUAACGCCGCUGAUCGAGAGCGCCAACUACAUGGACGACGCGUGCAAACUGCUGCAUCGUGUGUGCGAGCACUGGCCCAUGGACGCGAUGCAAGCGUUUGUCCAGCGCGUCCUCUUGCUCAAUCCUGUGUUUGACGACUUGGAAGGCGAUCCCGCCGACAUGUCCAAGUACUUUCCAAACUGCGCGUUCGACCUGCCGAAUCGCAUGCUCCGCGACAUGGAAGACAUGGAUGAGAACGGCAACUUGAAGGGCUUUUGCGCAGGCGAAGGUGACGACGACAUCGAGUACGAGGAGCGGAGCAGCGCCGACGAACUGGAGGCUCUCGACGAUAUGAUUGACAAGUUCUCUCCGGCAAAGCGGACCCGAAAAGUCGCCACAUCGUCGCUGAAGGCAGUAGAGACCGAGCCCGUGACGAGUGAGGACGACGACGACAACGAUUCCGACGACGACAUUUCAGUGAUCGACGACGAAGAGGAAGAAGUGCAGCAGUGGCAUCAAGGGCCAAAGUCGUCGGCCUUUCGCCGAAAGCGAAGCAAGUUUAUCUUGGACGAAGCGUCCGAAGAGGAGGAUUACGAGAGCAGCGACGAAGGCGGAGACGAAACCGAGGAAAACGAUGAGUUGGAUGGCCAGGAAGAAGGCGACAGGAAGCGCGACGGGAGGUACACAGACGACGACCCAAGUGAACACGACGACUUUCCCAUGGAAGGCGAUCAAGAUGACGACAUGGAAGACGAGGAAAGCGUUGAUAACGAUGCAGCUCAAGAAGUCCAUUCCAACGAUGCGAUGAGCAUGGACGAUGGCAAUGAAGAGGAGCAUGAUGGCCCGAACGACGACACAGAUGCUGAAACGAUGGGGAAGCAGAGUCUGAAGGCGAUGCAGAAGUCGACGUGGACGAUCAAGGCGACGAGGAUGCGGCCGGAAACAUCGACGAAGAGGACGACGACGACGAGUAGGAGUUUCGUAUUCAGCUGUCCUGUUUGAUGUCGAGGAUGGCAAGAACCGUUGAAAGCAACUCUGUCAGUGUUACGCCUACGUUUUGCUACGAUCACCGAGAACAUACAUGGAAAGGGACCACUAACUCGACAGCGCGAACAGCGCACUCACUCGGGAGCCCAGCGAGAGCCAUCUGUGCGGCGCUGCCGUCGACGCCGUCGCGUCCGGUCCAACACAAGGCACACUGACGUGUGGCUUCAGCUCUCGCUCCUUCACGCACAGGACGUUCCGUUGGACGAGGGCAUAUGGCUGCGGCAAUCCACUCCUCCAAUCGCUCGAUCCUUCGUGAAAGCGAAGGACGCAUGCGUUGCGAGGGGCUUGCCGCAGAAUGCUCUCAACAUCCACGAGGCGAAGAUGUUGAACCGAUCGCCCAUUCAGUCCCACGAGGCGGAACCCUGGGGCGAGAUGGCACUUGCGCGCGGCGCGGGUACAGGCGUGGAUGCGAAUUUGCCCCGAGGCCGCGGCAAAGCGCAGAAAGCACAUGGACGCGGCCUCGAAUGCGUCUUCAAGUACUCCGACGACUUGAUCGAACGGCAUUGUGGACACGUCGACGUCGUUGACGCGUAGAAGUAAGUCGCCUUUGGAUAGCAUGGCGUGAAUGCGAAGGUCAUCUUUGGACGCGUACUUGACCGCGGUGGCAUGCGUCGCUCCCACGGGCAGCAAGUACAUGGGCAGUGGGGCGCGCGAGUGCACUUGGACACACGUUUGUCGACUCAAGUCGGGGGGCUCCACCAACGACACCCCCAACCUCUCGUCCUUCCACGGGAACGACAGAACUCGGCACUCUAGUGUCCGCACCCAGCGCCGGCGUCGGACGCUGUCCGUGUCACGUGCGGCCGCGCUGGUGUCCAAGUCGUGGACGAGGUGGUCAAACGACGAAGCGUACGUCCAUCCAUUUGCAUCACAGGAACCCUUCAGGCACGGCCGCCACCGAUCCACCCAGUCGUAGCCAGGUGGAGGGGCCAAAUGCUUGGGAAACCUCGCGCAGCUUGCGCUGCCAUCGCGGCACGAGAACGUUGGAACGGCACGCAAGUACUUUCGGUGCCACUUGUGGUCGUGGCGCCGUUGGUUCUGAAACACUUCGACGACAAACACCUACGUCGAUUUAGUCAAUACUUUGGCUGCCAAGGCUGGU